CCUCCGUUUACGUCUACCACGCUUCACAACGUUGGAGGGCUGUCAAUAAAAGCGUUGGUUUUCUCUCCUCAGUUUCCAGAAGUCUAGCUAGUCUUUCAGCGAUGUCUAAACUGAAUAGGAAGAGCGUCUCCGAAUGGCUCGAUAGCAACGAAGAAAUAGGCAAAGAGAUAGUCGCCAACUUCUUAAUGAAGCGGCCAGUAUUCUGGAAAGAAAUGGUGGAGCAGCAGACUCACCACACUGUUGCAUCCCGCCGCCUCACUCUUCACAGGCUUAGCAUAGCAGGAGCUCCGGGGCCUCUUCUCCCUUUUGCAGGAGACUGCGAGGGCAUCACUAGCUCUGGAGUUAAUAUGAAAAGGUUUACUAGUGGCCCUAUUAUGAUCCCCAAGAAGUCAAAGGACCAGCUUAGAAAGCUCAACAAACAGGACUUGUUCAUGGAGCUAUUGAAAGAUGUCAUAUCUCCCGAAUUUGACGUGUACAGCCUGAGUCACAAGAUAUUAGUGAACGUCCUGUUGCUCAUUGAUGGAGAUCGAUCAUCUCUGUUCUUUGUUGAGGGAAGCAAGGAGAAUCCUAUACUCAUUUCCCGAUUGUUUGAUGUUACUGCACAUUCACAACUUGAGUCUGUGCUCCACGAUGAUUCUGAGGCAAUAAAGAUCCCGUUUGGCGUUGGGAUCGUUGGACAGGUUGCCAAGACUGGAGAGCUCAUUAAUCUCAAGGAUGCUUACGAUAGCCCCUACUUCAACAAAGAAAUUGAUAAGCUGACAGGUUACAGGACAAAAGCACUUCUCUGCAUGCCAAUAAAAACCUCAUCAGGAGAAGUGAUUGGUGUUGCUCAAGUCAUGAACAAGCAUAACGAUGGAGAAUUCACUGAAGAAGAUGUAGAGGUUUUCAAUACAUACAUGACAUUUUGUGCUAUCGGUUUGACGAAUUCACACUUGUUUGAGUUGUCCUUUACCCACUCACGAAGGCUUCAAAUGCUGCUAGAGCUAACAAAGAAACUUUUUGAGGACACUACGUCAAUGGAGGAAAUGAUAGAGUGCAUUAUGUCCGAAGCACUGAAGCUCAUUCCGUGUGAAAAGUGCAUUGUCGUUGUUGUGGACAAGAAAACUGAAAAUGAUGUUACAUUCAAAAUAGCAAUCCAGUUUAACGGGAAGGAAACGGAAACAUUGACCACUAUUGAUCCUGAGCAUAUCGAUGGCUAUGAUGUUAUCAUUAAAGUUGCCCAAACUUGUGAACAAAUAAUAACAAAUGACGAUGGCGCCCAGCAGUCCAAGACUACCCUCUCCAUUUCAUCAAACUCCAAUAUGCUGUGUAUGCCAGUAUUUAAUGACAAGGGGGACCUGAUGGCCAUUGUGAAGCUGGAUAACAAGUUGAACGGUCUGCCAUUUAACGACAUGGAGCAAGAGUCCUUCCAAGUCUUCUCAAUGUAUUGCGGACUGGCGAUACACAAUGUGCUCAACUAUGAGAAAAUCAAACGAGCAAAUGCAAAGCAGACUGUUGCCCUAGAGGUGCUAUCAUACCAUGCUGCUGCUUCACUGGACGAAACGGAGCGUUUAAUGUCUAUGAGUAUACAAAAUAUCAAAGAUGCUGAGUUAGUCUCCUUCACAUUUGAUGACUUAAAAUUUACAGACGAUGAGACGGUCCUUGCAUCUGUGUUGAUGUUCAAAGAAAUGGGCUUUACUCACAGAUUCCACAUUGAUGAUAAGUCAUUAUUUCGUUGGGUUUUGACCGUGAGGAAGAACUAUAGGCCAGUUCUGUAUCACAACUGGAGGCAUGCUUUUAAUGUAGCACAAGCAAUGUUCACAAUAAUGUCAGGAAGGAUUGGUUGCCAGUUCACAGAUAUUGAGAAGCUUUCGUUGCUUAUUGCAUGCUUUUCACAUGAUCUAGACCACAGGGGAACCAACAAUGCUUUCCAAUCAAAGAUAGAGAGUCCAUUGGCUCAGUUAUACACUACUAGUACUAUGGAGCACCAUCACUUCAAUCAUUGCAUCAUGAUACUCAACUGCGACAGUAACAAACUGCUCCAGAAUGUCUCCUCAGAAACUUACGAAAAGAUAAUUCGAGUCAUUGAAGAUGCAAUCCUUUCCACUGAUCUAUCACUCUAUUUCAAAAAUAGAAGCAAGUUUUUUGACAUGAUCAACUCUGGUGAGUUUGACAGUUCUGAUGUUAUCCACAGGGACCUUAUGAGAGGAAUGCUAAUGACGGCUUGUGACGUUGCAGCUGUUUCUAAGCCAUGGCGAAUUCAAAGAAGGGUUGCUGAUUUAGUGAUGAAAGAGUUUUUCCAGCAAGGGGACAUGGAGAGGGAAAACUUGAACAUGACACCAGUGGCUAUAAUGGACAGGAGGAAGAUUGAUGAGCUGCCACAGAUGCAGGCUGGAUUCAUAAAAGGUGUCUGUCUUCCCCUAUACAAGGUGCUAGCAAAAUUUAGUCCCGAGUUCUUACCAAUGGCAGAUGGAGCUCAGUUCAACCUUAAUGGUUGGGAAGAAAGAAUAAAAAGCCCUGGUAUAGAUCAUAAAUAUUUCGUGUGUUGUUGUCCUUUUAGGUCACGGAUCCAUUUCUGUUUCCCACCGAUCCAUGUCUAUCACGCCCUCUAUCACAGAAUCCACACCCAUUCCUGCCAGCGCAACAAGUACUGUGAAUCAGAGGCUUGGAUUGAUUGAGGCGUGGGUUGAUCACACUCAAGAUGAGAGGAACACCACUCGUCGUAACAGAAAGUGCAAUGUACUUUAGUUGCACUGUCAUAAACUCAUAGACACUUUAAAAGAUACUAUAUCUUCACACUCAGACACUUUAAAAGAUACAUGUACUAUGUAUUCACACAUAGACACUUUAAAAGAUACUACUGUAUACAUGGGUAUUCACCUUUUGUUUAAAUAAUCAUGAUUGCCCUUCCAUUA